GCUGAGGUGUAACCUUUCACCCGUGGAGGGAGUUCCUUCACAGCUGGGAAUUUAAAGCACUGUGGAAGAAACGUACGAACCGCGUUUAAUUACAAACGGCAUCCGUCCUGAGAUGCAAUGGAGGAGUUUGGGGGUAGGUGGCCCCAAAUGUCAGGUGCGGCAUGAAUGACUGAGGCCCUGUUCUUCUAGCACUUUCAACCCUAGUCUACCCCAUUUGCCUCACGUUGGCUGUGCCCAUGGCAUCCAGUUAUCCUCCUCCAUUGGAGGGUCCUGUGGAGGUAAAGGAGGGCUUCUUGUGUCCGCUAUGCCUGAAGGACCUGCAGUCCUUUUACCAGCUGCAGGACCACUAUGAGGAAGAGCACUCGGGAGAGGAGCGACAUGUACGUGGUCAGAUUAAAAGUCUGGUGCAGAAGGCCAAGAAAGCCAAAGACAAGCUGCUUAAGCGUGAUGGAGAGGAUAGGAAUGAGACCAGCUAUGAAUCGUUUUACUACGGAGGAGUGGACCCAUACAUGUGGGAACCACAGGAGCUGGGAGCUACCAGGAACCAUGUAGACUUUUUCAAAAAACACAGAGCUGAAAGGAUUGACCACUAUGUGGUAGAAGUUAAUAAACGCAUCAUCCGAUUAGAGAAGCUGACAUCUUUUGACAGGACCAAUAUGGAUGCAGGAAAAAUCAGAGCACUUGAGAAAUCUGUGGUGUCUUGGGUAAAUGACUCGGAUGUGCCCUUCUGCCCGGACUGUGGGGGCAAAUUCAACAUCAGGAACCGCCGUCACCAUUGCCGCCUGUGCGGUUCCAUCAUGUGCAGGAAGUGCAUGGAAUUUGUCACCUUGCCAUUAGCCUACAAGCUGACCAGCGGCACUCGUGAGGCCCUGAGUGCCCCAGCGGGCAGCCCUGGGCAGAAGGAGUCGUCUGGCUCUGGGGUCGCAGUGGUCCCGUCCCUCCCCCGGCGCGGCAGCAUCAGCAGCCUGAGUUCGGUCAGCUCCGUGCUGGAGGAGCGGGACGACGACCGCAUUCGCUGCUGCCACCACUGCAUGGACACGCUGCUGAAACGCCAGGAGAAGCUGGAGGAGAAGGACCACGUGCCCGACAUCGUCAAACUCUACGAGAAACUGAGGCUUUGCAUGGACAAGGUGGAUGAGAAGGCUCCAGAAUACAUCCGCAUGGCCGAGUCCUUAAAUGCAGGAGAGACGACCUAUAACCUGGACACAGCAGGGGGCCUCAGGAUGGAGGUGCAGAAGUACUACGAGCUCAUUGACGCUCUCAGUAAGAGGAUUAUGACACUUGGAGUAAAGGAGGAACCUCAGCCUCACCCCAAGACUCUUCAGCUACAGAGGAUGGUGCGCUACAGUGCCACGCUGUUUGUUCAGGAGAAGCUUCUGGGUCUCAUGUCUCUACCCACUAAGGAUAAGUAUGAAGAGCUGAAAGAAAAGCGAAGGGAGGAGCAGGAAAGGAGACUGCAGCAGGAGAGACAGGCUGCCCUUGAGAAUCAGAAGCGUCGGUCGGAGCUGGACAGGACUCGCUCAGCGGCCAACACCAACGGAGAGGCGCCCGCCUCCGCGCGCCCUCCCCGCAUGACCAAGGCGGGCGGCUGGCUGCCCUCGUCGGACGCGCUCCACACGCGGCAGCUGGACGACCCGCUGCUGCAGCAGAUCGACAACAUCCAGAGCUUCCUGCGGCAGGCGCGGGCGGCUGGCCGCGCUGACGAGGCCGCCGUGCUGGAGGAGAACCUGCGGCAGCUGCAGGACGAGUACGACCUCCAGCAGACCAGCCGCGCCAUCGAGCUCUCCAAGAGGCUGGCCGAGGAGGAGAGCCUGCAGCAGGACCAGCUGGAGCGCCUGGAGUGGAAGGAGCGAGCGCAGGGGGUGUGGAGGGACACAGGGGGCUACGGAGAGGAGCAGACCACAGCAGAGGAGGAGGAGGAGGAGCAGGGGGAGGAGAAGGAGAAAGAGAAGGAGGAGGAAGAGAAAGAGGAGGAUGAGGAGGACAAGCGCUACGCCCUGGCCAGACUAAGCGCUUCGCCGCCCAGAGCAACGACCAUCAAGAGCUUCCCGCCGCUGGGCGAGUCUCCUCCGACCACGUCCGACCAGCCCCCGUCACUCAACCCCUUCGACGAGGAAGACUCCACCCCGGUGGAAGAGGACGACUCCAACCCCUUCGCCGAGGACAUCCAGAGGGAACAGAAGGCGGCCACGGCCAACGGGAGAAAGGAGUACAACCCCUUCGAGGAGGAAGAGGAGGGCGCGGUGGACGAAGGAGCUGAGACCAAGCAGGAAAGCCCAGCGGGCAGAAACCCCUUCGAGGAGGACGAGGACGAGAGGAACCCGUUCAAGGAGGGCACGGCUGGCACGCCUGGCACGCCGUCUGGAGCGUCCAAAAAUCCUUUCGACGACAACAACGACGAGGACGAUGCCUCGAUGGCGUGCGAAAUCAUAGAGGAGGAGCUGUUGCGGCAGCAGAUCGACAACAUCCGCGCCUACAUCUUUGACGCCAAACAGAACGGACGCGCAGACGAGGUGGAGCUGCUGUCGGAGAACCUGCGGGAGCUGCAGCGCACACUGCAAGAACAGAAGAGGAAAGCACGCUAAAAAACACCCCCCUUCCCUAUUUUUUUUUCUCUUUCUUUUUUUCCCUCUCUCACUCCUCUCUCUCUCCCUCUCCCCGGUCACUCCAUCCGUCCUGCUUUUCCGUCUCACGAGCAGUAUUUCUUAGUUUUGUCUCCCAAACAGCAGGACCGUUUGAUGUGCGUUCACUUGUGUCCUGUUUCUCUCGCCAGGAAAUUGAUCAUGAACAUCCUUAGAUGGGGAGAACUCGUACGUACAUACAUACACACACACACACACACACUCGCGCACACACACUUAGAGUUAAACUGAUGGAUAGGACUUUCAGGUUUUACAUUGAGUUCAACAUUAACAAGCACCUAGCUUAUCUGAAGUUGACUGAAACUGAAUGUGGAGAGGCCAGAUCUCCCACGGCUAUCCCCAAAUCAAGUCUCUUCCUGCUUCGUUACGGCAGACUCAAGCAACAGAAGGCUCUUCCUGAGAUACCAGUGGGCAAAAUGGACAGUCCAAACUGUGAGAAUGUAUUUAUGUGAAACUGCAGUCAGCCAACAACUUGAACAAAAUCCUUUUACUGCUUCACUGUCCAUCAUCUCUGUGGCUACCAGGGUCUCUCCAUUAGUAGCCUUGAGGGGUAAAUAUAUUUAUAUAUGCACUCUCCCCACCAUUGGUAAGAAUAUAACUUGUAAGAGAAUCUAGCUCUACUUGGUAGUAAUGUGAUUUCUGCUACACCAACCUUAAAUUGCACCAUAUCCUUUAAGUCAUAGCCUUAAUACAGAUGGUUCAGAUUGCAAAUUUGGUUCAGAUGUGUCUCACAAAAAGCAUAGUGUUCCAGUUGAACUCUGCUAGCACCUGAGGGUUUUUCAGAUCAGCACUCAGGACCGCCCUUGACCCCCUGGUUUUGAGACCCAUUCGCAACAAUUUGCCAUAAAGCACUUUCUAAAUCGCUGUAGGUCACUUCAGUUUGCAUUAUCUUUCCCCCCCAAAAAACAAAGUUAAGGCUUUGCUUAACAAAGUUAAGGUUUUGGUAAUUCCUUUUCGAUUCUGUCAAAUGUACAGUACAUAGGGUAUAUGUACUUUGUGAACUAAUGAGUGUGCAUUUUGUUACAGAUUGGUUCACAAAAAGAAAUCCAAGAUUGAAAUGUGAAAUGCGUUACUAAUAAGGCACUGCUCCUUGCAUUCACAUGGUUCCCAUGAGGCUCCUGCCAUGCAUCACUAGUCAUACGCUAACAUGCACUUAGCCUGUACCUGAACCUACACAAUGCAUUUCAUGACCCUCACUGACCUACACUUGCAGUCCACUGGGGUUGAUAUUUAGCCUUCUUCCACAAAGGAGCCAAGAACCACUCCGAACACAAGUGCUUAUUCACCCACGGUGAUGGCCAUAUCAUGCAGACACUACACCAGUCCAGUGCUAAGUAUUAUCAUAUAUACUGUCGGAAUAAAGUUUGCUCUAAUUUACAGAUUUUACUUAAGAACAUGUUGAAGUUGACAUUUUUUUUUUUGUCUCAAGCUGGAAUAGUAUUGUCUUGUCACCAGUGUACAUUAUACAGUGUUGCUUAGUGCAACUUUGGGAGUCUGCAUCCUGCACCUUCAGAACUGUGGCACACUGAGUGACUGACUUAGUAGCUUUUGGACAAUGUUGCCUGCUCUCCUGUGUUGAUGUCAGGAGUAUGUCGUAACUCUGCACUAAUAAAAUUACAUGUG